CCUUCAAUUUCAUUGUUUAAAUAUUCAAAAGACUAUGUCAAUAGAAUUAAGUUCUACUAAUCACUGAUCCUCCUCAAAAACUUCCACACCACCUACUACCAAAUUCAAUCAAAAAAUUUAACCAUGCUUGUUUCUUUAGAAAACCUUUAAUCGAAGUCCAAAAAUUCUCUGAGUAAGAACCGCUGGGAAAACAGAGUUCUAGAUUUUUGUUCGGCUUAUGAGUAAUACCAUGACUACUUCUAGUGAUCAAUAUUGGAUGCAAUUCUAUCAACAACCUCUCAUGGAUCAUACUAUAAAUCAUCCACCUAUAGAAAUUUUUUCAGAUUCAACAAUUAUGACAACAAAUCCUAUUCCAUUAGAAACCAUGGUUAUAAGCCCAACAAAUUCAUACACAAACACUAGUGACCAAUUGACACCAAAGGGUGGUAAUGUUUCAAAACCAAUUAGAAGAAGAUCUAGAGCUUCUAAAAGAACACCAACAACACUUCUAAAUGCAAACACAACCAAUUUUAGACAACUUGUGCAACAAUUUACAGGUUGUCCUAGCACAAAUUUGGCCGCAGCGGGGUCAUUAGGUGUUCAUAAAGGACCUAUUACCUUAAACUUUCAACAAGGUAGUAAACAAAAUAUUCAACAUGAUCAAUCAACAGCUAGAUUAAUGCCACAAUUUAGUAGCACAAGUUAUAAUCAAGUUCAUCAUCAAGUUACUAAGCCAUUUCCAUGGAAGAAGGAACAAAUUAUUCAAGUGCCUCAACAACAACAGAGUGGUUAUGACAACUCGUUUGAAUAUGUCAAGAACAAUAAUUUUGUUCCAAAUUCCGGUAACUCGUCGUCGAGGCCUAGUAACUUGGAUGUUUCUGAUGGAUUGGUUGUGGAUAAUGAUUUUGGUUUGCAUGAUCUAACUGUGAAUGAAUUCUCCAAUGAUACUUUUAUGUGAUGAAAAUAGAAGUGUACUUAGUUAUAGUAUUUUUGUUCAUUUUGUAUGGUUCUACAUAUUAUAAGAAUAAUGUAUAAGAUCUAUAUGCUAGCUUUAAUAUCUUUAAAUUUCAAUUUAGUUUCUAUUUAUAUUUUCCUCUCAGGUUAUUGAAAUGUAGCAUCAUAUUUUUUCCC